AUGCGAAGGACAUUUCGCCUGCUCGCGGGCGUCAAGCCUGUUCGUUAUCUCGAGCCCGGCACCCCGACGGGUCUCACGGGCCUUUGGACACACAACAGCCCGCGGUCGACGUUGCUGUACGUCUACGGCAACACCCUCGACAAGCUCAAGGCGAUUCCCGAGUCUUCCCUAUACCGCCAAUCCGUCGAAGCCCUGACGAAGCACCGUCUUGCCCUUGUCGAAGCCACCGUACCUCCCGGAUACGAGGAGUGGGAGAAGAAGGCCGAACAGAUCGUCAAGGAGAAGCCUGAACAAUUCCGCCUCGUCAGCGGUCGCGUUGACGGCAGCGGCGCUCGCACGGUCAAGCUCGGCAACAGGAUGUUCGUCGUGGGCAAGCAGCACGAGGCCAAGGAUGUUCGCUUGGAAGAGUGGGACGGUGAGAAGGACGAGGGUGGCACUAUGGAGGGCCCGCGCACCGAGGCAGAGCGUCAAGACCACAAGUUGCUUGCCGAGCGCAAGGAUGUAAACGACGUAGCCAAGGUUCAGUGGGAGUCUGAGCCGCAGUUGACGGCCGACCAGAUUGCUGAGCUGGAGAAUAAGAUUGGAGCUGGCCUCAUUGAGGAGGUAAUCCAGGUUGCCGAGGGUGAGCUGAAGCUCGUGGACACGAUGAUCCAGGCCAAGGUGUGGGAGGACCUAGAGGAGAAGCCUGUCGAGGGGCAAUGGACUUACUUUGAGCGGAAAUAA